AUGCGUUUCACUGCUGCUUCCAUCGUCGCUUUCGCUGCGGGCGCUCUCGCCUCUGCUAGCUCCAGCGUUCCUGUUGUCACCGAGGUCAUCACUUCCUACGAGACAUACUGCCCUGAGGCCACCACCUUCGUCGCUGGAAGCUCCACUGUGUCCGUUACUGCUCCCGGUACCGUCACUCUCACCGGCUCGUACACCGUGACCCGUCCUCUGUUGAGCUCCACCGUCACCAUCUGCAACUCCUGCAGCAGCUCUACCGCCGUCCCCGCCCCUCUCGGCACCGGCUCCCCCAAGCCCUACAGCUCCGUUCCUUCUCCUGCCCCUGCUGCCGGAAAGACCACUACCGCCGUUUCCCCCGCCUUCACUGGUGGCGCUUCCCACGUCGCUGCCGGUGCCGGUGCCGGUCUCGCCGCUGUUUUCGGUGCUGCUGCUUUCUUGCUUUAA